UGUACUUCGUUCGCUCACUGGAAUAGCUUGUUGGGAAAGAUGAAUUCAUUUUUGGCGAUCUCUUGCCUUUUGGCAUUGAUUGCUGCGGUGUCGGCAUACCCCCACUCGUUAGGACUUGCACCCAUCGCCACCAUCGACAGCAUUCCGAACCCGAACUACGGUUUUGACUACGCAGUAAACGACCCAAUUACCGGCGACAAUAAAGCACAAUGGGAACAACGCCACGGCGACGUCGUCAGAGGAGCUUACUCCCUCGUAGAACCUGACGGCAACAUCCGUAAGGUUGAAUAUACCGCGGACCCUAUUUCCGGAUUCAACGCUGUUGUAACCAGAACUGGCCCUAACGUGCAUUCUAUGGGCUUGCCUAUCGCAGCACCUUUAUAUUCGAAAGUAGCUCCUAUCGUAGCACCAAUUGCGCCGAUUGCCCCAAUGCCGCAUUUUACCCCAAUCGCGCCAUUACAUACAAAAAUAGUAACCCCAGUACUUGAACCAAUCAUAACUCACUAUCCAGCAUUAAACAUCCUCCCAAUUCUACCCCCGCCAUCUCCAUGGGUUCAUCUGUCUGGUUCCUCUUAUGGUUAUAAAGGAAAUCUCGAAAGGAGAUGGGAUGCUGGCCCUAUCUCUUUGGACGGCAAAACUCUGACAAUUAGAACGAAGCAUUAAGUGAAAUAAAUAUACAACUUCUACAUGUAACCUAUCUAGUUACUCAAGACGCUAGUGUCUUAUUGCAUAGUCAUUAGACGUGCAAAAAUACACAUAGGUCUUGUUAGAAGUUAAGUUUAUGGGUUUAUUCCAAAGCAGCGAAUGUACUGAAUUUGUAAAUAAAAAAAAAUUA